AUGGCUACGACUCCAACUCCAACGGAACACCACCAAGUGAACCCUCGAGCCAGUCUCCGGCACUCCUCCUACAUCGAUCCCUCCAGCGGCGCGAAAUUGAACAAGACUUUUACUCUACACAGCUUCGAUGCAAGCAACAAUGGUCAAGGGCCCGUCGGUGUUGACGAGGUGUCGCCGCUCCUGGGGCGAGAGCGAGCAUCCGAGGACCAUGGCCGUCUGCCGGCACGGCGGAGGCUCAUACUCAAGAGCAAGGGCUACAUGAACCAGGCCCGACUCUUCGUCGUAUCAGACACUGGCAAGGGAAUUUUCAAAUGCGCUGUGGCAUAUCUCCUGGGUAGUUUGGCCACUUUCGUGCCGCCGUUAAGUCAGUUGUUUGGUCGACAGAAUUCUAAGCACAUGGUCGCCACAAUCACCGUCUACUUUCAUCCGGCCAGGUCGCUUGGGAGUAUGCUGGACGCUCUACUGCUCGCUGCAACAGCAUUCCUGUACACUGCUGUGAUUUCUCUCUUGAGCAUGAGCGUGACCGUCUUCUUCGCGAACACUGUCCAUCUCAUUGAAAUUGGACAUGCCAUUGUCCUGAUUGUAUUCCUGGGAGGCGGCCUGGGCCUUGUCGGCUGGGUGAAGCUCAGGAAAAGCGAUCCUUUGGUCAACAUAGCAUCUUCCCUUACCUCGUUAGGUACUAUCACCGUACUCACCAAAGAGGGUGCCGUUCAAGCUGGAGACUAUUCUUUGGCGUCAAUCUCGCAGAUCCUCAAGAUGAUUGUCGCAGGUGUCAUAGCAACCAUGCUUGUCUCGAUCCUGGUCUUUCCCAUCUUUGCAAGAAAGAAGUUGAGAAAAAGUCUGCUGGAUGUGACCGACUCGCUUUCGGACAUGCUGGCUGUGAUCACAAGCAGCUUUUUGUCUGGCGACGAGUCAGAGCUCGAGGAUAGCACGUUGUCGAAAAUCAGCGAAUGGCACAAGAAAACAUCUGCCUCUAUUUCUCAAAGCUUGAAGGAAGCAAAAUACGAACACUACCUCCUGGGUACCGAACGGCAAUCUUUGAUCGAAGCCAGACUGGCACAAUGCAUCGAAAGGAUUUCGCAGAGCAUUGGUGGUCUGCGAAGCGCGGCAGCGAUGCAAUUCGUCGUCACAAAAGAACCUCCUUUCGGCUCCGCCAUGCGCUCUGAUGCUCUCAUGACUGCCAACCCCUUCUGGGCGGGUUCGCUUGGGAACUCGAAGAUGAGUGUUGAUGAUAGGGAUCUGCUCAGCUACUUUGAUCCGCCAUCUCCUCGUCAGACGCCCGCCAACGGAAAGUCUGAACAGUCGCAAAAUGAGCCACCUUUUCGGACCCCUGCACAGAUUUUUGAACUGUUCAUCGAGAACUUGGGUCCGUCCAUGAGAUCUCUUGCCUUCACUCUCAAAGAGAUCCUGGACCACUUUCCAUUCGACGCGUCCAACAAUUUUGUGGUCGCCACAACUCCGAAAUUCAAACUCAGCCUCGAGCGUGCUUUGGAGUUGUAUAAGGAGACUCGCAAACAGGCUCUAGCCGUCGUGUAUACCCAGAAGGAUAUGGACCGUUCGCGGCCGCUACCUGUGCAGGCCGAUUGGGAGGAUGCUGCAGCUUGCUGUGGGCAUUUCUCAUUUUCUUUGGUAGAGGUGGCUGAAUCCAUCAAAGAGUACUUGAUCAUACUGGAUGAGCUGGAGCUCGAGGCCGGUGAGCGACCUUGUGGCAGAACGUGGAAUUGGUUGAAAUUCUGGCGAUCGGCCGAAAAACGCAGAGACCUCGACAGUCUGGAUCCUGAAUUUGCCGAAAUCAUGAAGAGAACUCACCAACUGGGGCUUGAAUUCCUCGACCGUCCUCUAAAGGUCUCUCACAAGCUUGACUCGCACUCUGGCCCGGCUCAGAAUCGGGUCAAACAAUGGUUUUUUGGCAAGGUCGACCACGGGGCAUCCUUCCUCCGGCGCGAUGACAUCAAAUUUGCUAUCAAGGUCGGGCUCGGUGCUAUGCUGUACGCCCUUCCAAGCUUCCUCCCCUCUACUCGGCCAGUCUACUCCCACUGGCGGGGAGAGUGGGGUCUCCUGUCCUAUAUGCUUGUGUGCAGUAUGACAAUCGGCGCAUCCAACACCACAGGCUACUCUCGCGUGCUGGGGACUUGUUUAGGGGCCGGCCUCGCAAUACUGGCCUGGCAGGUAUCGAACGAGAAUCCUUGGGUGCUGGGCUUUUUCGGGUUUUGCAUGGCAUACUGGACGGCCUACAUCAUCAUUGGUAAAGGCAAGGGUCCCAAGGGCCGAUUCAUUAUAUUGACCUACAAUCUCGUCGCCCUUUAUGCUUACAGUCUUGCCAGCCUUGAUGACGACGAUGAUGGCGACGAAGAAGACUCCGGGAGAAACCCAUUGAUUUUCACCAUAGCCUGGCAUAGGGUUGUCGCAGUGAUCUCGGGUUGCAUCUGGGGCUUGAUCAUUACGCGCGUCAUCUGGCCGAUCUCCGCGCGACAAAAACUGAAGGAGGGCCUUUCACUGUUAUGGUUGCGGAUGGGAAUGAUCUGGAAGAGAGACCCCUUGGCCACUUUGACCGACGGCGUCCAUCCAGAUAGAUACAUGAACCUCCGGGAAGAGUUAUACCUGCAAAGGUUCCUGGCCAAACUCCAGGGUCUAGCCGAGGCCUCGAAGAGUGAGUUCGACUUCAGACGACCAUUCCCCCAUGCCACCUACGCUCGGAUCCUCAAGACUACCGAGCAAAUGUUGGGAGCUUUCCAUGCUAUGAAUGAGAUGAUUCUGAAAGAUCUCAAUGUGUCGUCAGGGGAAGAAGCUCUGCUCAAGGCGACAGUUGACGAGCGAGCACAGCUUUGCGGCCGUAUCAGUCACUUGUUCAGCGUCCUCGCCAGCUCAAUGAAGCUUGAGUAUUCCAUUCCAAGUGAUGCUCUACCCAACAUUGACCAUACGAGAGACAGACUGCUGGCCAAAACCUUCGCUUACCGGGCAAGUGAUACGCAGAAACAAAACACUACGGAUGAAGACUAUAGUCUGCUGUAUACGUAUGCAUUGGUCACCGGGCAAUUGAACCUUGGUAUACAACAGGUACUGAACGAUGUGGAAGCUCUCUUUGGCGUUCUCGACGAGGAAGCCCUUCGCCUUGGACUUUGA